GUAUCAUCUACAAUCACAUUUUUUUAGAAAAAAAACAAUAGGACAUACAUUCUGUGCUAAUGCUAACCAUAAAAUGACACUUCAUUUUCCCUCCUCAUUUAACCAAUAAAAGUUAGCUAGCAAUAACAACUGCAAUAAUGUUUUCUUCCCAGCUGGAAAAAUAAAUUGUAGGAUAAAUAAAACACUCGGAUAAUCGACGUGAAUAAAUAAAGAAACAAACGAACUAUUCUGCCCUGCCAACUGACAAGUGCAUGCGAGUUGGGGCCGGGGGACGGAUGGAUGUACAGACACACUGCAAAGGCCUAGUUUCUCCUGUCAGUAAAAAUUCCUCCCUGUCCUCUGUCGCCAUGUAGUCAUGCUGUUAUUGACAAGCCACGGAUGGAUGGCAGGCAGGGACGACAGCUCGGUGGUAAUAAUUCGCCAAAGCCCAAGGGUACAAACUGUAAAAAGGGAGCCAGGGCAAAGGCAAAGGGAAACAACUCUCUGCAAAAAGAAAAGAAAUAAAAAAAAAGAAAAUACACACGCUACCCUACUACUACUACCACUGCCAUGCUCACUUUCUCCAUUUCUUCCCUUUUUCUCCUCCUCGUCUCCCUUCUCUCUCUCCUGCGUCCAUCCUCUCUCUCUCAUCUCAUCUGGUUGGGUGGAGUGGAGAUAAGCUAGAGAGGUGAGCUCUGUGGGAUCGGAGCGAGAGCAAUAAAUAGAAAUUAAGGUCGGGGCCGCCUCCAUGGCGGCGUUUGCAGGCGCCCUCGAAUUCCUCCCCUGAACCCAUUCGAUCCGCCCCCUAGCUCUCUCUCUUCCUCCUCCGCCCUCUUUAUAUAGCGGUAGCCUCCCACCUCUCAUCUCCUCAUCACCCCCCAAAAAGCAGCUUGCUUGCUUGCUUGCGUUCUCUACCACGACUUAUGCUCGAUCGUAAACUAACCUCAGCACCGUCCUCCAGCAGAUACUACUUGUGUAGCGGGCGAGGGUGAGGUGAGGUGAGGAAGAAAGAGAGCCCUCGCCGCGUGCUUAGGCCCCCCCCAAGACGCCGAGAGAGGAAAGGGAUUAGGCAGCAAGAGGAGGCGCUCCGCUCUCGGAUUAGAGGCGAGCUUCCUAUUUCCAGCAAAGGCAAGGAGAGGAUCAGCUAGCUAGCUGCUAGGAGGCCGGAGGGAGAGAAAGAUCGGAGGAGGAGCUGCAAAGGCUAGCUUUUCUUUGGUGCGGCUGGUGCUGGUGGUGAACUGGUCUCGGUGCUCGGUGGUGCGUGGUGUGGUGCACACUGCACACUCUCCCUCUCGCGUUCGUCUUGAUGGUGGGUGGUGGUGGCAGCUGCCUCGCAUGGCUGGGUUCUCUCUGAGGGGCGGCGGAGGCGGGAGGGGCGGUGACCGGGGCGGCGAUCACCCGAUCGGCGCCGACAGCCUGUUCCUGUACGCGCGAGGGGCGGCCGCCGCGGCUGCCGACACGGCGGCCAGCGGCGGCGGUGGGGGCGGCGGGAUAGGGUUCCAGCUCUGGCACCCGCACCAGCAGGCGACGGCGGCGGCGGUGCCGCACACGUCGCAGUUCUUCUCCUCCGGCGCCGUCGCCACGGGCGUCGUGCUCGGCUUCUCCUCGCAUGACGGGGCCGGCGGGAUCGGCGGUGCGGGUGGCGCCGGCGCUGGCGGCGGCAGGGCCGGGACCAGCUGCCAGGACUGCGGCAACAACGCCAAGAAGGACUGCACCCACAUGCGCUGCCGCACCUGCUGCCGGAGCCGCGGCUUCAGCUGCCCCACGCACGUCAAGAGCACCUGGGUCCCCGCCGCCAAGCGCCGGGAGCGCCAGCAGCAGCUCGCCGCGCUCUUCCGCGGCGCCGCCAACAGCAACAGCGCCGCCGCCGCCGCUGCUGCGGCCGCGAGCAAGCGCCCGCGGGAGCUCGUCCGGUCACUUGGCCGCUUGCCGUCCGCCAACUCCGCCAUGGUCACCACGACCACCUCCUCAGGCGACGGCGGCGGCGGGAGGUUCCCGCCGGAGCUGAGCGUGGAGGCGGUGUUCCGGUGCGUGCGGAUCGGGCCGGUGGACGAGCCAGACGCGGAGCUCGCGUACCAGACGGCGGUGAGCAUCGGCGGGCACACUUUCAAGGGGAUCCUGCGUGACCACGGGCCGGCGGACGACGCGGCGGUGGGCCAGCUGCCGCCGUCCUCUGCGGAGUACCACCACCAGCUGACGGCGGGGCAAGCGAGGGAAGGGUCGUCGCCCGCGGGGAGCAGCGAGGCGGCGGCCACGGUGGCCACGUCGGCGGCGGUGCUGAUGGACCCGUACCCGACGCCGAUCGGCGCCUUCGCCGCAGGCACCCAGUUCUUCCCUCAUAACCCUAGAACCUAGCUUAAGUUAGCUAGCUUUGCUGCUUCCAUUAUUCGUAUCGGUGCUAGUAGCUUAAUUCCUUUGAUGGUUCCAUUUACUUCUUCCAACAAAUUAAAGAUGAUGAUGAACAUGAGCUAAGUAGUCAUCGUCAUCGUCGCAAUCAAAUUCGAGACAAGAAGAGAAGAGAUUUUAAUUGUUACUGCAUACUACUACUACAACGUGCAUUCGAGCCGUUGAUCGAUGAACACUAGUGCAUGAUCAGCAAUGUGUGGAUCAUAUAUAAUGUUAUUAGCUAGUAGAGCUAGUGUACUGUUACUUGUUGAGCAAUCUUGUUUUGGGUUUCAUUAAUAAUUUGGCUACCUUAAUGCAAUGCAAAGAUAAGAAUUUUCAAGUGUA